ACACAACGGCCCGAAGCGCUCGCGUCUCAGUCCGAAUGCGGUUUCAUCGACGACAGUUUAACGUCUGUUCCCCCCCUAUCCCCCGCCGUUUAAUACGCGUUUUUACAGUCUUACAGCAUUGAUACGCGUCGAAAAACCAAAUGUAUUAUUCUGCAGGGCGUCACGAUCGAUACCUAAUGGUUCUCCUGUUGGCCGCGUACGUUAUACGAGUAUGUACCUAAUAAUAUUUGCGUGUGUGUAAUUUAUUAAUAUGUUUAAAAUGAAAAACGCAAAAAAGGGCGAGAAAAAAACCGCCGCGGUGGACCGGUUUGAAAACCCGUGGCCGGGCAGCGACCGCAGCCGAAGGGCCACGUUUGAUACGUGACUUUUUUUUAAUAACUUUUAUCUAUUAAACGAAACAAAAAAAAAAAAACCAGAAUGUUUCAAAACGCUUUUCGGCGUUCCGAUUUGAACGGAUAGCUAUUUGCUUUUACGUUAUCCAAUCUAGACAAAUAAUUUCAGGCCGUCGAGAUGUGGAACGGUUUUUUGUUUGUUUUCUAGCUCUUUAAUGGAAAACACUAAUUAACCAGAAUUAUUGACCAAAUGAUUUUGUUCUCUUUUAAAAAACUUAAUAAGAUUAUCGGAUAUAGGUACCUAGUUUAAACAAUUAUAUCAGACAGUUAAUAAGAUGUAUUGGUAAACUGGGUUUAUUUCAAGUCUUCAACUUUGGCAGUUUCUUGGUUAUUCUUCGGUAACUUAUCAAUUACCUAUACACAUUACUUCAAAUAGUACAAUAAUGCUAUACUGUAAUCGCGUUAAAUUUACAUUCAGCCCAACGACAUUAAUUUAAUCUUUUUUAGGAGAAAAUUUAACUGAGUUUUUGCAAUCGACUCUUUUGAUUUUUCUUAAUAAUCGCGUUUAGAAGAUGAUCCCUAAAUCGAAUGAGCAGCCUUAAUAUAAUAAGCUUAAUAAGCCUCUGUAUCGUAACAACAACAACAAAAUAAAAAAUAAAAUAAAUACAGUUAUAUUUUUUUUUUUUUUUUUUGUGUGUGGGUGUGUAUUGAUGUAUUUGUUUCUACAAAUUCUUUAUUUUUAAAUUCCGAGUGGAGCGAAGAAGCUUAUGGUUGUACAAAGAUGUUCAUUUAUUUAUUUAUUUUUUAUCUGUGCACGACUUUUCUACCAACAAUUUUACUCCAAUUUAUAAUGAUAACAGUUUUUCUAAAAGAAUAUAUCACAAGAAAGGUACUACUUUAAGGAAAUCGUUUUACGAAUUUUCUCAAUAGUUUUCUCGACAAAUGUAAAAAACGGAAGAAUAACGGGAAUAACCGGAAAAUCGGUACAUGAAACAAACACAUUUAAAGCCUACUCAAUUGUUUUACUAUAAUAUGGCAUAUGUCUUGUUGACAAAGCGUCACUGUCUACUGAACUCCACUCGGAAUCGUUUUUUUUCGUAAACAACGGUUUAUCGUCGCUUGCAGGUAUACAUUGAGUUACCCAUGACGGUGGCUGCACCCGUCCCCGUUAUCCUAGAAAGUAUUUCUAUUUUUAUUUUUUUUUUUUUUUUUUUUUUUUUUACCGGUUACUGCAACGUGUACAUUAUUAUUGUAAUAUUAAUAUCAGUUGAAUCGACACUUAAAUCUCCUCGGUAUCGUUUGAUUUUAAUUUUUAAAACUACUCCACGGUAAGACGCACGGGGCCGGAUCAAUAUCCCCGUUGUUAUAAUAGCGCUAUUUGAAAAUCGGUAUACGUUCGUAUUUUAUACGAUUUUAAUUAAACGUUAAAUUUCCGUUUAGAUGUUAUUUAUCGACGUGAAAUUAUUAUUAUUAUAAUAAUAAUGCGUAUUAUAACGAUAAUACCGUAAUAAAGUUUAUCUACAACCGUUCGUGUCUCGCAAAGUAUUUUAAGUUCGAAAUUUAAACGACCGGAUUAUAAUGACGUAUUGUCAUGUAUUCAAGUUUUAAUUGUGAACGACGUACAUUUUCUCGAAAUCGCCGGAAUGUUUUCAAAUUAAAACGCUGCGCAACAUUGUAACGUGGACCUAUAUAUAUAUAUAUGUGUGUGUGUGUGUGUGUGUGUGUGUGUGUGUGUGCUUGUGUGUGUGUGUGUGUGUGCGCGUGCGUGCGUGUGUGUGUGUGUACGCACAUUUCUCUCGGGUAAAAACUAAACGUUUCGAGGCGAUUCCGGCCGGGGUGUAUACGCGAAUUUCUAUAGAAAUUAUUGCGAUUCGCACGCGAAAUACCUAUUUCAUCUACGUUUCGUUUGUGGCGAGUCGGUACACGUUAUUACGUGUAUUAAACAAUGGGACGCGCGCGUUUAUGGGGAAAAAUCGACCGACCACCGUGUAAAAACCGGACAAAUUCGAUUUUCGUGUGUCCGGUAAUUGUUUUAGAUUCCGAGCAGAUACGCCAGAGAAACGAUUAGCUUUACGAAAACCGUGCGUGUUUAUUUUCUUCGCCGUUCUCCGGAAAACGAUUUAGCGAUGCUCCGCGCAUUCGUCCAAGCCGUCCAUCGACAGAUGCGGGCUUUUCGUCCGGCAGUACUUUAUUUGCAAAAAUAAUUUCGAAAUUUUCAAUGAUAUUCCUAAAAAAAAAAAAAAUUCCUAUUCGCUUGUUUUUUUCCGAAAACCCGGAAAAAAGUGCAUUACACGUUGAGCGAAUUCGCUGUUGACACACAAAUAAAGCCUCUCUACGUUCCUGUCUCAGAAGAUUUAACCGCACAAACAAGUGCAAUGCUUUUAAGGCGGGUAAAAAAUGUGCGUGUAUUCAAUACCUACCGAAUUAAUUUAAAUGUUUAACGCAGCAAUAGGUAGGUAUGUGCGUUUCAAAUGGAAUAAUGAAUAGUUAAAAUGCUGAAUACGUAUGAGGCAGCGCGACCUGUGGUUGUUAUGACAUUGGUUCUCUGAUUAAAAUUAAAAUAAAUCUUGCUUUCCAAUUGUUCGAACGCUAAAACCAUUAGCAUUAUUAGCGUUAUGGCGUAGGCACGUAUCUAAGCCCCUCUCCCGGUUUUCGGCCAAUGUUUUCAUGGGACACAUUUUAGAUUCUGAGUGAAGCGAAGAAGCUUAUAGUUUUACAAAGAUGUUUAUUUUUUUUUUUCCGUGGACAACUUUUCCACCAGAGAUCUUGCUCCGAUUCGUGUGUACGGCACAUUUUCUGAAAGAAAAUCGGUGUGGAGAGGUACUUUAAGGAUGUCAUUUUUCGAUUUUCUCAAGAGUUUUCGCGACAAAAAAACGAUGAAAAAACGGGAAAAUGUACGAAAUAUAUUUGAAAGAUAUUACAAUUUUUUUUUCUUUGGACAACUUUUCUACCAGCAAUUUCGCUACAAUUUAUUAUGAUUAUAAUGUCUCUAAAAGGAAAUUUCACUAGGGAAGUAAUUAAGAAAGGUCAUUUAUCGAUUUUCUCCGGAGUUUUCCCAGCAAAAUUGAAAAACCAGGAUAAAAUUUUGGAAUUGGAAUAAUUGAAAUUUGACCAUAACGUGACAUAUAUAUAUAUAUGUUGACAAAGCAGCACUGUCAACUGAACUCCGCUCAGAAUCGUUUUUCCGUUAGCAAUGCCGUUACCGUUGCUUAUAGGUAUACAUUGAAUUACUUAUAACCGCACCCGACCCCAAACUAUGGAAAAAAAAGAGCUCGUGCGUCGACCGUAGUACAUCACACGAGACGGCCCAGUGCCUACUCAACCUGUGUAAUUUUACGAUAAACGGUCCGACCUCUCUGCAGCUUAAACCAAUGGACUGAUUGUUUUGUAAUUGACACGUAUUGAUCGGCGGUGUGUUAAAUACUUUCGAUACUUUUGUGAAUUUCAAGUUGGCCGGAUGAUUACACCAUGAGUGAUAUGCAAAAGUAUUAGCAUAGUUUUUACUCGAAAUUCGAAUUUCCCCCCCCCCCCCGACAAUUCGACAAUGCGUACGCUGUACGCGUUGUUACCGCCUGCCGUUUGCGGUGAAUAAAAAACAAUUUUGUUUAUUUAUUUUAUCGCUGUAAUACUACAGUAUCGUUUUCCAGCGCCAUUGAUAACAAGCUAAAUUCGUAGCUGUACAUCGUAUAUUCAUUUACUCAAUCCAUAACACACCAACGAUACGUUGGGCCUUAUUUUUCACUCGAUCAAAAAUAAAAAUCAUUGUUUAGCUGUAUCCAUAAUUUUAAUUAAAAAAAAAAAAAAAUAACCGAUAUCCCAACAAAAACCCUCCGUCAACCACUGGUAAAAACCCCGUUGAGAAAAAAAAAAACUCGUGUUCGAAAAUUCGCGAUACCAAAAAUGGGCUAAGUAAUUUCUGGAAUUCAUUGUUCGCGUUUGAUGAAGUGCGAUAAUUUAACACAAAUAAUUUAACUUAGCUUGGCGGGGCUACUAACAGCGUGUAAUUAAAUAUUAUAAAACGGGGAUGUAAAUAUUCACGUUGACAUUGUAAUCUUUGUUUGUAUUCGUAAAUAUUAGCAGCCGUCAAGCUAAGUUAAAUUGUCCGUAUUAAAUUAUCGCACCUCAUCGAAUGCAUACAAACAAUUAUCGACGAUUUCUAUACUAAUGGUUUUUAUAAAUCACUUGGGUCCUUUUCGAUAUCACGACUUUUCUGACUUGAGUUUUUUUUUUAUUUUCGUUCUUAGCGAUGUUUUUCCACGUAAUUGACGGAGGGUUUUUGUUGGGAUAUGCCACCCCGCUCGACUACUGUAUUAAUUACUCGUACAGCACAAUCACAAUAUUGUAUUUAUAUUAUUACGCGCAGCGGGCUUCUCUUGGCCUGCGAUAAUAAUUUAUAGUUUUGUCGCGGCCCGCUCCAUUAACUAUAGAACUCUGUCGGCAGACUACCGACAACAGUAACUGUACACAUUACCGCCGCUAGAUAGCGCUCGACUCGUUUAUUUUUCCCGACGACACUCUCAACGGUAUUUACAGAAAAUAAUAACGGUUACGUCUGCCUAAUUGAUUACUAUUCCUUAUCUGCUGUUGAUCGUUCGGGAUAACCUAUUGAGAAUACGAAAAAAAUCCAACCGAUUCAAAAACGUUUAUUCGUUAAAUAAAACCGCAACGUUUCUCGCGUCAAUCUAAAAAAAAAAAAAAAAGGCAAUGAAAUACGUCCGAUGCGGCGUAUUGGAUACUGCGCGUGACGACGACAGAUUCACAUAUUGUCCACGCGUGAAACUGUACUGGCGAAACUUUUCGACAGAACGUUCGAAUGCGCGUGUUCCACCGUGGUCGUGUUUGUUGCUUUCGUGCCAUUCCGGACCGAAAAUGUAUUCCGGUGUUGUAAUUGGCGAAACUGCGAAAGUACACAAUUCACGGUUAAACAAUAGGUUUGAAAAUACGGUUAAACGUUCGCCCCCCCCCCCGACACGUAACGCGGGAGGCGCCCCGUGAUCGAAAUCGCGUGAAACCGCCGGCGGCCAACGUCCUCGGACAUUAAAAGUGCGCGCGGUUCGGACUGUUCGGACUUCGUUUUAUGUUUUCCCGCCGGUCGGAUUAUUUUAGUCCGUUCACGGUGUAGACUUUUCAGGAUUGUUUUUCAAAAAAAAAAAAAACCCCACCAUAAAACUAUUAACUAAAAAAAUUGAAUUUCCAUACACCGUGUUCGAAAUAAUAGUAGAAAACCGCGCGCAGUCGAACGCAAACAAACAGUUUACUCAAACGGUAUGUCGUGUACGUGUUUUUAAAGGUGGGCUGCGCCAUGACGCUGGAAAAUCAGGAGUUCACGGUGAACGGCGGCGGCGGCGGCGGCAUCGGCUACGCGGCAGCUCUAGCUGCUACAGCACCGGCGGCCGGGUGGCUGAACGCGGACGCCGUUGAGACCGGCGCCGAGAGGAUCGUCUGGGGCUUGGCCAGGUUUCUGCUGUCGGCGGGCGAGACGAUAAACUCCACGUGGGACGUGGGCCUCAACACGGCGUUGGGCCUGUUGAAAACGGGCGGCGCCGCGUACGAAUCGGUGGCCAAGGCCGUCGGCCGCGUGCCCGUGUUGGGUUUCGGGGCGGCCGGCGUCGGCGAAGCCGUCAAAACCUCGCUGGCCGUGGCCGAGAGCAACGCCAGACACGACAUGGUCGUCCGGAAGGAAGCGUUCGCGUCGCUCAACCGGAAGAUGUCCGAAACGGGAUCCCGUCUGUACGGGACCACCGCCACCGCCGCCAAUCCCGUGGUUUUCCCGCCAAAUAAAUAACAUCGAUUCUUAUUGUACGCGGCAAUGUACCCACUGGUUUUAUGUCGAUGGCUUUUUGUUUAUUUGUAGUAUUUAUUGAUUAACUAUAGUAAUAAUAUUCUGUUAUGUUCGGGCAACGCACUGUAAAAUAACGGUAGUAUAGUAACGCAGUUAAUGAUGCGCAGGGCACGGAAGUUAUGGGAUCUGAAACAGGCCAAACACGCACCAACGAAUUGUAAAAUACGCAUGAAAAAAAUGUUAAACGUGCACAAAAUUGUUUGCAGUUAACUAUUAAAAAACGUACAAUGUCAUUGAUUGUGUACACAUCAGGGAUAACGGUGCGAUUCACAUUUAAUCUGUUUAAACAUUGGCAUAGUAAUAGACUGAGGCGAUAAGAAAUAACAAUACAUGACCGCGUUGAAUAACAUUGAGUUUUAUGUUUAAUGUUCAUUAAGAAAGAAAGAAUAACGAUUUGUUUAGCAAAUGUGCAUAAUGUGCAUACAGAAUUUACGAAAAUCGAUAGAAAUCAAUGUAAUAUGCAGUUUUUUUUUUUUUCUAAAAUCAACGAAAUAUGUAAAAAUAUGAAUUUUAAAUGUUCAAUUUUUAAACUCUCCGUCGCAUAGAAAGAAUUUCUAACUCUGUCCACUAAAUAAAUCCACAGUGCAUACGGAAAAUGUUCAACUCCCAUAUCUUCCGAGCCCUAAUAAAGUGACAUAAAUCCGGAUUAUCCGAAAAUCCGAAAAAUCCGUAUUACAUAAUUUAAAUUUAGAAAAUCCCGAAAAUUCGAGUGUUCAAUUCGUUUAAAUCUAUAACGUCCACUUGUAUAUUGUAUUUGUAUUUUCUGUGUUACAAAUAUAAGCCCGUAAAUCGAUUUUUUAAUACGAAUUUCGGAAAUUCGGAUUUUUCCCACUAGUAAUAAUAAUAUCAAUAUCAGACUUAGUCGUCGAAAACGGUUUCGUAAUAAAACAAUACAUCAGAACGAAAUUUUUCAUUCGGCUGUCGUUGAUGUUGAAAAAAAAAAACGUCAAUUUUAAUCAAAUAAUAAUAUAUUGCGAUCAAAACUUGUUGACGAUUUAUUUUAAUGUUGUGAAAAUAUCAUUCUGACAAAAAGUCGUCUGUUAUUGGUAAAAUUACUUUGUUAUCUAUCGUAAUGUAGUAAAGCAAUUUUUUUUUUUUUUGUUUUCCUAAACAUGUACUGCUACUGAACAAUAUACCAAUGUAUCAAUAUAUCUUUUUCAAUUUAAUAUUGUAUACAUUUUUUUAUGCAAUUUUUCACUCUUUUAUUAUCGAGAGUUUACUGUAGAUACCUAUACGCUCUAAUAUUAAUCAAUUAAUUUAUAAACAAAAAAUGUCACGCGAUCUAAUAAUUAAGGGUUGCGUGUGGUCAAUUUUUACGAAAUUAUCGAUCCAAAUUCACAUUUAUAUUAUUUUAAAUUUAAAACCGGACCCGGGCCUUUGUCACGCCUCCCGAGUGUUACUUGCUCGAUCGCAGUGACUGCAGUCCUUGAAUGUCCUCAUAUUAUUCUCAAUCGAAUCCGACCACCUCUUUUUCACACUUUCUUUUCCUCUCAUUCCUCCUAUAUUUCCAUCGCUAUUCUUACUGCUUACUACUUACUGCCUUUCACCCCAUACCAAAACCAAAUCGUCUCGGUCUAUUUGCUCUCCUUUUUCCACAAUCGAAGCCACGCUCGCAUGCUACUUCUCGUGCAUUCGUUCCUUAACCUAUCUUCACUUGUCACUCGAUUGAUUCAUCCACCUAAGCAUUCUAAUCUCCGAUACACUUGUUCUCAGUAAUAUUUUUCUGUCUACCACCCAACACUCCUGAAACAAGUAAUACAACAUAAUCGGUUUCACCACACCGUUUGCCGCCUCUUACAACAUGUAGAGGUACCGUCAGAGUAUUCUGAUCCUCUAUCACAGGGACAAUAAUCAUGGUAUCUAAAUAUUAAUACGAUUUUAUUUUUCAGAUUUUAAAUUCUGAGUGUAGUGAAGAAUGAAUUCGUUUUAUGUAGAUGUUUGUUUUUUUUUUUUUUUUUUUAACAGUUUCUACCAGAUAAUGUCUUUUUUCGACAUGUUUUUAUUGUUCUAUUUGUAUAUUUUCGGCUCAACUCUUACUAAAUGAAAAUGCUUUACGAAAAUGCUUAUUUUGAUCAAUACUAGCUGCGGUAAAAUACAAAGAUAUUUUACGUUUCGACUUAUUAAAAUAAUUUAAUAAGUAUAUAGUGGAUACUACAAAAAUAAUACUUUAAAUAUUAUUAAAUACCACGAACUUAGAUACAAUUUGUAAUAAACAAUCUAAACAACAAUACAAAUUUGAGCCAUUAAGAAAUGAUAUCCGUAAAAAAAAAAAAAAAAACCGUGAUGUGUGGGCACAAUUAUUAUUGUACACGCGUGAAAAACUACAACUCUGCAUUAAGCUACUGUUGGCCGUUGGGCUUCAACGCAAUUAGAGCAGCAUUCGGCUGUAGCUGUAAUCUGUUGUCAACAUUUAAUUCUACAUCAGUAGUUCAAUGGUUGUUUAUUUAGAUCAUAUACCUAUCUAUCUAACGUAAUAAUAAUAUAAUAUGAUAUAAUACGAUGUAAGGUUGUUUAUUACGAUUAACCCAAUAGAAUUGCGAUUUAAUUGACGAUUAAAAAUAUGGCCAUAACUUCUUAUCAUUUUAACUGACCGACAAUAAAAAAAAAUAAUCAAAAUGUUAUGAUUUAAUGUACCUUCUACAUCUAUCUAUCUAUACAAAUUUUUAAGUAUUAAAUUGUACGUCAUUUUCAUCAACACUAAUUAAUUAAUUAUUUAUACAAGCUGUACGAAUAUCCCAAGAGGGGAGUGGCGAUGGGUGGAUCUCCCCCGCUACGAUCCCCCACCAUUGCUUUCUUUGAUUAAGUCUCUGCGGCUAGAACGUUUCCGAUCCGUUCAUUGGGCACUUGAACUUAAUAUUGAAAUUAAACGUAAUAAUAUCGAGAGAGAGGAAUCUAAUAAUCAUUGAUCGAUUUUUGGUUCGAAAACUGUCACUCCGGGGUGUUCUAUUUACUGGCUAAAUUAACUGGCUAAUAGUAAACACAGUCAAAUAAUAUUCCGAGUUGAUCGGAAAUUUCGUUAAAAUUUAAAAUAAUUUUAUAUUAUUACUAUAAUUAUUAGAUUCUAAGUGGAGCUUAUGGUUUUACAAAAGUUUUUUUUUUUCCGUAGACAACUUUUCUACCAGAUGACUUGCUCCAAAUUUUACUUGUAGCAACUUUUCUGAAAGGAAAUCGUUGUUUAGGAGGUACCUUAAAGAGGUCAUUUUUCGAUUUUCUCAAGAGUUUUCUCAUCAAAUGUGAAAAACCGGAAUAAAACAUGGAAAAACCAGGAAAAACAUAGGAAAACUGGGAAAAUCGGUACAAAAUUAAACAACUAUUAUAAUAGAGAAUAUAAAGCUUCUUUAGUUAUUUUAGAAAAAAAUAUAUAAUAUAUUGUUGACAAAGUACCACUAUCAACUGAACUCCCCUCAGAAUCGUUUUUUCGUAAGAAAUGGUUUAUCGUUGCUUGCAAGUAUACAUCAAGUUGUCUAUAACAGUGACAGUACCCCCGUCCCCAUUAUCCUAGGACGCCUUUUUGUUUUUAUUACCUCAUCAAUAAUAUUACUGAUAUAGUAUGAUAUCGUUUUAUUACUGAUACAAUUGUUACAUGGCCUGUAUAGGCUGUUUAUUUUAAAUUAUUCGAUUUGGUUACUAUAGCAGACCGUAUAUUUUUCUUUAAAUCAAUAUUACUGCUCCUAAAAAAUAUACUUUUUUCGUUUUGUGUAUAUACCAGCAAUACGCGUAUUGUACAUCGGUAAUUACUAUUAUUCGUCAGAUGAUUUAAAAUUCAUAACGCAAUAGUAUGAUGUAUGUAUAAUGAUGUAUGGUACACACAUGCUAAUGUUUCAUUAAAUGACGCACGGAACGACGACGAUAACAAUAACUACCCGUGGUCUUGUUUUUAGUCGUAUUUACUUUUAUUCCAUUUCGAUUGUUGCCGCAACGAAGUUGUCGGUUUAUGUUUAGGAUGUUUAAUUUAUUGUUAAACAAAUGUUUAACCGUUUGUAGUGUUAUAUAAGUAUCAUAGGCGAUGACAACGCGGCAGCGAUUAAAACGGAUCCGGUGAAUGGAUGUAAUUAUAUUCGUGGUUUUGUCAUACUAUUAACUUAUUGUAUUAUACAUUCAUUAGUAGGCUGUCAGCUAUAACAUGCAGUCACGGCGCGAAAUAUUUUUACCUUGGAUCACCGAUUUAAUUUUCCUCUCGCCGACUGCCUGCCCCAACCAAAAAACACCACCGCCCUAAAAAUCAUCGUUCUCAAGCCGGCCUACCUGGACCAGAAAAGUGUAGAGCCACCACUGAUUUAGAAACGUAUGCAAUAGAACAAAAUAACGUAUACGUAACGUAAAAUACAUUACAUACAUACAUUACAUACUCAAUAAAAAAAAAUAAUAUAUAUACAUAUAAAUCUCAGUGUGGCUAAUCGAAUGAAAAUAUCGUCCGAAAAUAACAACCUAUCUGACUAACGUAUGUGAUGAAGACAUACAAGGGGAUGUAGAGUGGUCAUAAUACCCCCCUCCCAAUAAUUGUUUUUUUUUAACUUUUCAGUUGACCAUUUUACAUUUAUGAAAUACUAAAUAACUGUACAUAAUGGCCAACAGAUAAUUUGCGUAGGAUUGUGAUAGUGAUGCUGACUAGAAUUACCUAUUAUUGGAAAAAUAAUUUGUAAACUGUUAUCAGUUUAUCGGUGCGUCAAUAAUAACAAGAGGGAUACAUACAAUGGUGAGAGGGAUUAUAAAUCGCAAUGUUAAUGGUACCCGAUACUAUAAAUAGCCAACCGAACGUGGUUAACUUGAUGUCUUCUAUAGUCUAUGGCAAUUCAUUUUAUUUACAGUAAUUGUACGUUAUGAUAUAUUGUUAUCUGUUAUAGGUACGUUGAUUUGACAUACAUAAUUAUAUAAUAAUACUUGUCCAGUUGUACUAUAUUUUAUUACAGAAUAUAAGUAAUUAUAUUUCGUAAUUAUAAUAGUAAUAUUUAUUUAUUUAUUUUGUUUGAUUUGAUGAUUUGAAAAUUGUAGGUCUAUUCUGCUAAUAAAACUAUGAAACUACGCGGAGUACGCGGGUACCUGGUUUUUUCUGGCCAUAGUGCUAUUCCACUGAAAUUCUUAUUUUGCAUACUUCGCAUAUUGUUGCGUACUAGAAUUUCUUCUAGUAAAGUUUGUCAACUACGACACAUCGGAGGUAUAGAACUUGAAGAAAAGAGUUGUCGAAGUUCAAAUGAGUAUUGUAUGAAUGAGAAAUGUUUUAUAGAUCGGAAUGUAGGGCGGGUAAUAAGAAACCAAAAUCAGUACAAAUUGUAUAGAUAAUAGAAAUAAACGUAGGAGAAAAGAAGCGGAGAGGAAAGCCGAAAAAGAGACGGUUGGGUGCAGUUAAGAACGAUAUAAGGACAUCCAGUGUAUGCGAAGUGAGAGAUCUUGUCAAUUGAAAGCUUAGGACGAGGGUGGAAGAAGACGAUUAUUUCGGAUUUUUAAUAAAUAAUUAAUAUAAAUACUCAAAAAUAAAAAUAAUUUUCUCUCACAAAAGUCGUUCCUCAAAGAUAAAAUUAUAUUCUUAGGAGAUUUCUACCGUAAAAUGCUAUCGUUAUAAAUCGGAGCGAAAUUGUUGGUAGAAAAAUCGGGCACAGAAAAAAAACAUAUUUGUUAUAAUAAUCUAUAAGCUUACUAUAAGCUUCUUCGCUCCACUCGGAAUCUAAAACUUGUAAAUCGUGAUAAUUAGUUCGAGUUUCAUUUUUCAUUAUUAUUCAGUACAUUUUUUUUUUUUUUUUUUUUAACAGGUUGGCGCGCCGGAAGCAGCGACUGGAGAAACCACUCCCUCCGCGGAUGCCGAGAAUGCGACCGCCGAAAAUACGCCACCCAAAACAACGCCUCCGGCCACAGACAGUCCGACGAAAGCCGACGGCGAUAAAGAGCCGCCAGAAAUCGUGGACGGCGUGUCGUCGUUCUCGGACGUCGUGCACGAUGUCUCGGAGACGCUGUCCGAAUGCAAGAACCUGUUGAUGAUGGAAGGCUCCGAGAUAAUCUCGGCCGCAGAGGAUGCUGUGCUCGCGGGCUCCCGGGCAAUGAUGGCCACGUACGGGGCGGCGGUGAAUGUGUACAAUGGGGUCGCCAACACUGCCUCGGGCGUGAUCAAGACGACCGCUCAUGGGUACCACUGGGCAAACGAGUACAUCAAACCGUUGGCCCUUAUUGGGAUGAUCACGACGGGCGUGGACUAUGCGCUGACCGAAAUCGCCGACACGUUCCACGACAACACCAAAAAUAACGUGGCCCGUCGCAAUUUGAUGGUCGAUGAAAUGCACACCAAACUCGACAACGCUCGUAUGGAGUACGCGGCGGUAACGGUGCAGUCCAAGACCGGCAAGACUGCCGGAACCAUUCCCCCCGCACCCGGAAAACCUGCCGCACCCGGGACACACACUACUCCGGAAACACCCGCUACACCAGGAACAUCCACCGCAUCCGCCAAACCCACCACGCCCGCUAAACCCAUCGCACCCGAAACAUUAGCCCCACCCAUCGGAGAACCUGUCUAAGGGUAGCUAUCGUCCCUAACCGUUUUGCCAAAUACUGAAGAUGGCAAUACCUACAUACCGAAAACUCAAUUAUAAUAAUCAAUACAUUGACGACAACGGGAACUUUAUUAUGAUGCCCAUCAAAAUGCAAUUGCAACAUACACUACACAUUUGUGUUUUUGUACAGUAUAUUGGCCACACUAUAAAAAAAAAAAUAAAUAAAUACAUUUAAGGCGAUUUCCAGAAUCCAAAGGAUUAUAAAUUGUAAUUAUAUUGUAAAUAAUGAUAUUUUUUUCCUUGAUCUAUUGAUCUUAUUGAUUGUAUAUUUUUAAAAUGUCACAAAUACAGAGUAGAAAUCAAUUUUCCACCUGCAUAAAAUUGCAUCUCAUAUCUGGUUAGGGUGCAUCGCCACCUAUGGCCACUCAUUUUUAUUUUAUACUGAAAUAUUGUAAUUUGUUUACUUUGAUAAGCCUUAAUAAUCAAUAUUGCUUUUCAUCUUAAUCAAUUAAUUUACUGAGCGAUAUCGUUUGUUACUAAAACAUACCCAGAAAGCGUAGGAUAACCGUAGCGCGGGAAAAUACAAUUUUAAAAUAUUAAUAUCUACUGCGUUUUCAUUCCACAAUGUUCUUAAAACUGUGAAAUUCAAAAUAAGUAUUACUUUAAGUAAAUUUAAGUUUUAGUGUAUUUGUGAUUUAGUUUUGAAUUUUUUUUUAAUAACCAUAGAUAGAUAAAAUAAACAAAAAAAAUUUGUUACCUUAUAUGUUAUAUACUGACAGUUGGGCAAAAAAAUAAAUUUGUCCGUUGAGCCCAGUGGGUUCGUUUUAUGAUUAUAUUAUUAUGCACCACAUGAUACAAUUAUAUAAUUAAUUAAUUAUUCAUAACAAUAUAAUGGUUAAUAGUUAAUUAGAAAUAAAAUACGAUUGUCACAUAUUUGGUCACAUUAAAAAUUAAAAAAAAUUAAAUAUAUCGGCUCAAUUCGAUUGAUUCCGGACAACCGUUUAUCUCGCGUACACGACGUCGAAACUUUGUCAUCGUGUAAUAUUUUUGACACACGAUCGAAACAGAUCAUGCCAAAAAUGACCCCGCCCCCUCCCUCUGUCGUAAUAUCGUUCACUUACCGUUCCGAUACCAAAGAGAUUAUUUAUCCGAACGAUGAAAAUAUUUUAUAUUUAUAUUAUAUUAUGUAUAUUUUUUUUUAUGCUACUUAAACGAUUCAGUUUGAUGGGCAUCCCGUCUGGAUAUAUUAUACUAUGUACCAUUAUAACAAUCAUAUGCUAUAGUACAAAAAAAAUAAUUACUGUAAUCGAUUUUCUAAAUAAACAAAACGCAAUAAAAUUAUAAACUCGAUACGAG